AUGGAUGAUGCUGAAGUUCUUAAAAAGAGAGGCUACAUCAUGGGAAUCAACCUCGGAGAAGGGUCUUACGCCAAGGUGAAAUCGGCCUACUCGGAUCGCUUGAAGUGCAACGUGGCCGUCAAGAUCAUCGACAAGAGGAAGGCUCCUCGGGACUUCUUGGAUAGAUUCCUCCCCAGAGAGAUAGAGAUGCUGGCGAGGGUGAAGCACCACGCCAUCAUCAAGACCUAUGAGAUCUUUGAGACCUCCGACGGCAAAGUCUACAUCGUGACCGAAUUGGGCGUGCAAGGAGACUUGCUGGAGUUCAUCAAGAGGAGAGGAGCCAUUCCUGAAGACGUUGCCCGCAAGAUGUUCCACCAGCUCGCCAGUGCCAUCAAGUACUGUCACGAGCUGGACAUUGUCCACCGGGACUUGAAAUGUGAGAACCUUCUUCUGGACAAAGAGUUCAACAUCAAACUGACGGACUUUGGCUUUUCCAAGAGAGUCGCCCGCGACGAAGAUGGCAGGGUGGUCCUCAGCAAGACUUUCUGUGGUUCGGCAGCCUACGCGGCCCCUGAAGUGCUGCAAGGCAUCCCUUACCAGCCAAAGGUUUAUGACAUAUGGAGCCUGGGGGUGGUCCUGUUCAUCAUGGUGUGUGGCUCGAUGCCUUAUGACGACUCGAACAUCAAGAAAAUGCUCAAGCUGCAGAAGGAGCACCGUGUGCACUUCCCCCGGUCCAAAGUGCUGUCGGUCGAAUGCAAAGAUCUCAUUUACCGCAUGCUCCAACCCGACGUCUCCCGCCGACUCUGCAUUGACGAGGUUUUAAUGCACGUGUGGAUGCAGGACCAGAGAUCCGUUUCGGACACCACGCUCAUGAAGUCGGGGGAAUGCUCCCACCACCAUAAUCAGAUAAGGGCCAUGUUCGGGAAGGAUUCGUCAGGGCCGGAGCCUUCGGAAAAUGAGCAAAUUAUCCAAGAAGAUAGGCAUACUGAAUUGGAUGUCCUCUCUGAAAAGAUGCAAAGGACUUGUCUUUGA